AUGGGCAUGUCUUGCGCAGCGGGAGACACUGCAGCCAACUUGAAGACCUGCCACUUGAAGAGCCACAGCGGAAGAUUUCUAGUCCUGGAGGGAGAGGCUGUUGGGAAGGUUGCGGACUUGGGACGGUUCAAGCCACCGCGGGGCUACGGUUCGGGUUUCCUGAACAAGAUAUUCGACAAAGAUGAUCCAACCCCCUUGAAGAGACUCGGGGAUACCAUGUCCGCCUUUCUGGAGGUUAUCAAGCACCGGAUACGGCGCAUAUAUGACUCCUUCGAUCACAUCCCGGACUGCCAUUUUACACUGGAGCCCACAAAGCUCAAUACCCCGGACCCGAGCGCCGCUUUCAAUGCCUACUAUAGACGGCGCACGGUAGAUUCCUUAUAUGGCGCCACGGACCUUGACGCCGCUUCCGAUCCCCACCAGGAAAGCCCCCUCAAGGGCCUGUGUCCCACGGGCACGCGACCCGGCGACAUUUUUGUUCUCUUAUACGGCGGGGACGUCCCGCUCAUCCUGCGUGAGCAGCCGGGCGAUGUCGCCGGGGGCGCCUCACCAGAGCAGAACUGUUGCCUCCCUCCUAGGCAGCUGGCCUACUCGCUGGUCGGGGAGUGCUACCUGGCGGGGCACAUGAACGGCAAAGCGUUCGAGGCCAGGAAGGGGACCACGCCUGAAUGGUUCACACUAGUCUGA